CCAAUAUUCUUGCAAACCAUCCUGUCUGUGUAGCUUCCAGUACACCAAUUUCACUUCAAAAGUCUUUACGUUUCGUACUGAAUGAGAGGGCUGAUAUGUCGGAUCUGAUUUCAUUCCUUUCGAAGGCCACAUUGAAUUGAAGGUUACACGGAUGGCAGUACAAACCUAUGACCCACCCUCCAUAAAUUUUCUUUUCUUUUUUUUUCCUCCUCUACUUCCCUUGGGUAUCGUUUGGUUGUCAAAAGCGCUUUUCCCCCUUUCCAUUCCUUUUUCAUUCUCCAUUCAUUCCGUCUCGGUGGACUUCUUGUCAAUCACCAACUAACGCCUAUUUGGUUGAAGUUUCACCAUGUUCAAAAAGCUGCAAACUCGAAAUGACCGCCAGCCAUCUGGAGAUGAUUCCACUAUUCCCAAGCCAACCCCAAACUCUCGCAUGCUUCCUCCUCAAUCGCCAGGUUACCCUAUGAACGGUUAUCAAAUGUCUCAGGAAUACCGCCAACGUCUUUUAGAGCGGCACUUAUCGUCACAGAACCGAUCUGCACCCUCUCCCGUUGACAGCAUCCCUUCCGUUGAAUACAACUCCCCCCGAUACUCUU